AUUGAGAAUGUGAAAUCAAUGGUUCGCCGUACCGCAGCUUUCGUGGAAAUGGAUGGAAAGCAAGCCGAUUUUAACAGUUAAAUCGAUUUCACGAACGAAGGGAGGAAUAAAGAGGCUUAAAUAGCUGGUUAGGACCCUGCCUGAGUGCUUGAGGGCUGAUACGGUAUGAUACAUCGCACUGCUGCUGCUCGAGCUGGCAGGGAGCAGCAAACAAACAUGAAGUACUGUAUCGUAAUAGCAACUCAAACUCUGCUUUGUCGCGUUGCCACCGCAUUCUUAGGAAUCGAAUCGCAUAAUAAGGUACCGGUGCCUCUUGGGUCCAAACGUCCUAAGACAUCCUGCAGCGCUUGCUGCUUCUUGCAUGCACCUUUCAUUGCUCUAUGGUCCCUGCUUUUGCACAAUUGAUCCCGGCGACAGGUUUGAAAUAGACGUCACAGUCUCAGAUACUAGUAGCUUGCCUAGCUAGUAGCUUGGAUGUUAAAUCUGUUAUUGCAUUAUUACUGCUAUUUAUAAUCACACCUGAUUGAAUGUUCGAUUCGAUUCGAUUCGGCUUCCGAGGGAAACGGCAAAAGGGGACUUUCACAAAACCUUGACCAUUAUUUUUCGAUGACAACAACCAUACAUAGUCUACAAUCAUACAAUACGCCGUCAGAGGAGACAACUGCACCAUCCUCGUCCAUGUCGGUAGAGUCCCUUGAAGAGAGAGCGUCUGAGAUUGUCUUGGCCAUCCAAAGAUGCGUGGAAAGCCUCCGAAGCAUCAAAGAGUUCAAUGCCAUCAAACCUGCAGUCUUGUGGAGUGCCCUCAAGGCCAAUGGCAACGGGAACACCACAAAAGAUCCCUUGGAUGCGAUUGCUGCUGUCGAUCUGUACGCCCAUUUCCAAGACCAGGGUAUCGUGCAAGCUGUUCAGUCCAUUAUUGCUCGGCAUCCGAUUGACCACCAUGACGCUGCAGCAAGUCCCACGGAUCAUUCCAGACGUCGGCUUACCAUGGAAGUGUUACUGCCGUUGGCGCGAUCAUUGAGUGACUCGUACGAAUCACUGGAUCGGAUACCAGCAGUUCAACCACAAGACACCCAAUCCCCACAAAAGACCACAAGAAAGAAAGCCCCGCCUCCUCCUCCCCCAGGAUUGUUGUCCUUGCAGAAUUAUACCGACAUUGGUGCCUUUCUCGAGUUUACCGUAUGCACUUCCAUCCUACCCUUUUUGCAGCCCAAUAUUCUGUUUCCCGUACAAGACCGUGCUCGCUAUUUUGUACCCAAAUCUCUGGCAGGCCGAAUUGCACGGCCCAGUUUGCUGUGGGCAAGUCAACAACAACGCACCGUUCCACCCAAGGGGAAGGAAAUUGUCUUUUUGCAGCAGCUGGUACAAGAUCUCCAAACAACGGUUGUCGUGUUGGGAAAAUUGCUCUUGCUGGAUCGAUUCCGGCCCAUGUUGCUGCCAAGACAUUUGUCCGAUCUGUAUGCGGCCAUCUUCCAAGCCGAAGCUUACCGCAUGCGACUACAGCAAAUGACACGACAACAAAAAUUAAUGAAGACGACAAUGGUAGAUCCAUCUUUUUCUCUGGCCAAAGAAUACGACGUGGUCCGAAACCAAUUAUUGGUACUACCACAACCCACGACAAAUAAUAUUCACAACCGAGUUGAUCCAGCCUUGCAGGCACAAUCCCUGCAAGCAUUGCUGUUACAAGGCACCAAGUCUCCACCUUGGUUGCGACAACGAGUGGCAGCACAUUUGACACAACUGGCAUCCCGCAAUCUAUCCGUCAUUUUUCAAGUCUUUGUCCAUGCGGCACCACCCAAGGACAAGACGGCGGCGAGUCUCCGACUGGCACGCACGUUGAUCACACCCUCCUCCGAUAAUAACAACAAUCACCAGUCUCAGUAUUUCGAUUUGCUGGUCCAGCAAAUGAUUCAGAUACUGGAUGGAACGGCACAGGACUGCCAUCGUCACAAGACGGAUAGUCUCACGCAAAAGCAAACAUUGGAUAUACACACCGUAUGGGCCAUAUUGGAUCAACUGCCCACGCAGGAAAUGCAAACGAAAAUGAUGCGACACUUGAGUACGGGCAUGCUGACCAAUAUUAACACGGAAGCAGGUGAUGAUUCCUCGGUUCAUCAAACGGUACAACGAAUGGCAAUCCUCUUGUCAUCCCUGCCUCCGUCCAUGAAUGCUGCGAAUGUGGCAAUGGUGCUCUUUCUGCCUCUGGAAGGAUCGGCUGCUGAUGAUGAUUCCGAAAGAAUCCAAUCCACAAUCUUUGGACAAAUGUUGCGGUUGGCAUGCGUACCAGCACCUGUGAUCAAAACGAGUUUCCACGAUGACGUAACGUUCACAAUGAAGCUAGCCCUACAUGCUUUGCUACAAAGCAAUUUUGCAUCAUCAGCAUCAAAGGUGGAUAGUGUUCAAAUCGCUGCCAUGGCCUUGGUCUAUGCAACGGCCCCUUCCGAUUGGGACAAUGGAGGCAAUGUCUACACCAUUGAUACGGCUGCGUCGUCCGACGGUGCUAGCUUGUCCACCAUUAGGAUUGUGCAACCGCAAAAGCAAUCAUCCGAUACAACCAGUCAACAACAACAAAAAGACGCGGUCACUUCGUUGGAAAGUCGAGUUGCUCUAGUUUUGAAGUUGAUCAACUCUUUGGAUUCUACUGGUGCUAAUGAAAGUCCAGACACGGAUGCGGAGACCCGACGACGACAACGCAGUCUCUCCUCUGCUGUCUUUUACUUUGUGCUCCUACUCUAUUUUUCCAACAAUCCGCAGAGGCACCGGCUGCCUGUCAUCUUUCGCCAAACAUCUGGCAUGUUCCGCAUCGUCGCCAUGUGCUUCAUUCCUCUAUUGUGUGAAACGUGUCCACCGGAAAACCUCCUAAAAACCAGCCAAGAUGAUGGCGCAGGGAUUUUUCAGAUGAUGCAGUUGGUGUUUGCUUGUGCCGUUCCCUUCUUUUCAGGUGAAAAGAUGAUACUGAUGGAGACGGAUGACGGUGCAGAGAAUCGUGUUUCCGGUUCGGAGUCUGACGAGCUUGAGGACAAAACAUUCAUCGGGAGUGGGGAUUUCUUUUCUCGAACUAUCAUGGGGUCGCCUUCAUCAUCACGUGAACCCGGCAACUCGCAACCGCUUGACGCAGUGAGCAAAGACAGCGACAGCAUUGAUUCAAGCGAUGUUGGCAUGAUUAUCUCCGUCACGUCUCUCAUGCUUGGGUUGUUGGUUACCAUCAUGGACUAUGGAACCACGGGCAAGCGUUCCAACAAAGAGGAAGCUAUCAUUCAAUCCUUCCCGUCGCUUUUACAUCCCCUCGCGGAAGUAUCAGACUUGUCAUGGAUGAGAGCCACGGUCGAUGGGGAUGAGGAAGCCACCCAUGCGCUUUAUUCAUCUUGUGGGGAAAUAGCCGAGCUGGCUGGCCAUGCCUUGGCUCUGCUUGCAGCGCGCCAAGCACCGACUACAGCUGUCGUUGACGACUUCGCGAUGGAGCAACAACUCACACCUGAACGUAUGAUUGAAGCAACUAUUCGACAGUCUCAAUCUGAUCUUUCAUCGAAUGAAGCACCAAUCAGAGCGAAAGGGGUCGUUUCACUGCAAAGAUUACUUCGAGGCCAUUUGUUUCAGCAACUUCUCGCUGGAGAAGCACGCCAGCAACCAAAGGUUCUUAUCGUGGAGGUGGAAGAUGAUAACGGAGAGAAAGCACAAGGCUUCUUAGAAAGGACUAGCAGCCAGGUGCUGGAGCUCUGCGUCUCUGCAAUUUCGGAUCCAGAGUCCUACGUCUACUUGGCAGCGAUUCAAUGUAUCGCCACGAUGGCUGACAUUUGCCCCAGGGAUAUCAUACCGCGCAUAGGUCUGUACCUUGCGUCGGGAAAGCAACACGAAGGGCACGAGGACGGCGGUCGGGGUGCAAGUCUUACGUCUGGUCAACGCGUCAAGCUAGCAGAAGCACUCAUGUUCUGCAUCCGCCGAAGAGCCAAGAUCGACGAGUACGUCUCCGUGUUGUUGGAUAUUAUGUUGUUCGGCGAGCAGAGAAAAGGCACAGCAGUGAAUCCGGACUUGCUGUCGAACGCCGAGAACGUUGAGACCAUUCAGCGUGAAACGCAUCAGUACUUUUUGCGAGGCCGGGUGGAUGACGACGAUGAUGAUGUGGAAGAUCUUGAGGAAAAAGCCGAGAAGCAACGGAUAAGAAUAAACACAGGUGGACCUGUCUUCCUUGCUGAAGAGACUGAUUUGGUCACCGCAGCACGGGUUUCUAUCGUAUCCGAGCUUCUGCCCGGAACACACCCAUCAACUCUGGCACAAUACUGCCACGCGCUCGCAACGACAGCAGUUCAGUUGCUGCGUCUGGAUGCAUCGAGACCCGUUCGACGAGCUGCUGCAUUUCUCGCCAGAGAGUUCUACAUGGCGCUUCUGCGAGAGCAAACAGAGUUGCUCGAAAUGGCGAUCAGGGGGGACGUGGAUAGUGGUUACCAAACAGAUCUCGAACUUUCGACAGCAUUGAUGGAAACAUCUGAUGAUGAGCUCCUUCGGGCAACAUUGACGAGAUGUCUGCAAGCGGACGAUCUCGAUGAUUUAUCACAAAGGCACCGCGCGUUUGACUCCGCGACUGUCGCUCGUUGCCAGGAAGCGCUUGACACGAGGCAAGAAGCCGUCGAUGGCGGUCUCUUUGCUGUUGCUAGGCUUGUAGUGGAGUCGAGGAAACUUCAAGACAAGUUGCCUGCCGCCAACCUUGUUCGUGACUUGUUGCAACAAUCAAAGGUGGACCGUCGGGGAGGACUGGGCAAGUUAAGAAUGGACGUCGAAACCCUUGAACUGAAGUGAAGCAUUUCAAUUUGCUAGCUAAACUACUCUAGCUAGGGCCUGACCCCCUACCGUACCAUUCCAGCAACCACCUGGAGCCUUACACGCAAAUUUCGACUUCACGGACUGCCGCACAAAUUUGGGUUUGAGCAGGGAUUAAGUCAGCGGGAGCUGCGAUACCUCGGCAGAAAGACAGAUAGAAGAAGGAGGAUCAUGUUCGAGAUUGCACCCAUCUUUCAAGCCAGCCCUGGCGACAACACCCGACUACGUCGUGUGUUGCCGCCCGGUAUCAUUCAUUCCCUCAGUGCAACCUUCUUUAUUAAGCUAGCCCUGGCGACAACACCCGACUACGUCGUGUGUUGCCGCCCGCUACUCUAUAAUUUACCAGCUGCCAUUCCCUUAUUGUAACUCUAACCUUUACAGCUCCUGCUGGCUUAUUGUGCUGUUGUGCUGAUUGCACUAACCUUAAAUAUUAAUGAUUUAUUCCUACCCCUAACUUGUAUUGAACCAUCAAUGUUCAGUUUUGUUGGCUUAUGACUAUCUCUAUCCUUAUACUUUGGCUUCACCGGAAUAGGAAAUAGGAAAUAGGAAAUAGCAUUAAAGGGGUUGAGAACUCAGGCAGUUAACCUGCCGAGGUAAAUAGAAAAUAGGAAAUAGGAAAUAGGAAA